GAAGAGGUAUGGAAUCAGAAAUAGUGAUCAGCAGAGAAAGAAUAACAGAGAAGAGGAGAAGAGAUGGCUCGUAGUAUCUCCUACGUCACUGGCUCGCAGCUUGUCUCUCUCAAACGCCUUCCAACCAUCGCCGUCGUCGAUGUCAGAGACGACGAGAGGACUCACGACGGUCACAUAUCCGGUUCUCUUCAUUACGCUAGCGACGGUUUCGACCAAAAUAUCUCCAAGCUUAUUCAUGAUGUUAAGGGCAAAGAUACCAUCGUCUUUCACUGCGCUCUAAGUCAGGUUCGAGGCCCAAAAUGUGCAAGGAAGCUUGUCAAUUAUCUUGAAGAGAACAAGGAAGAUAUUGGUAUAAAGAACAUUAUGGUCUUGGAACGUGGCUUCAAUGGGUGGGAAGCUUCUGGUAGACCUGUUUGCCGCUGCAACAAUGUUCCUUGCAAGGAGCAUGAGAAUGCUUAAUCUAAGACAUCUUCAUGGUUGAGAUAGAAUUAAUGGGUGGGAAGCUUCUGGUAGGCCUAUCUUUCCUGUACUAUCUGCAAACAUUUGUAUACUAGAGAAAAUGUAUGACUAUUAUAAUUACAUCAUUAUAUAAAUCAUAGGUAAGCUGAAUACCUAGUUUCUAUUUUCUUUAACUACUUUAUGAUGUAAGAAAUCCUUGAAUGGAGAUUGACCAAAAUAACAAAGAUACUCUUUCAUUCUAAA